GUUUUUCCUUAAAAAUCUAAAGUGAAUAUUAAUGAUUUUGCCAUUUUGGGAUGAUGUCCAAGUACAUUGCAUCACGAUUCUAAGUGCAUAUAGUAUGAGUUUCUCAUCAAACAAAAAAUUUAUGUUAAUUUCCUGCAGUCGUGUGGAAACUUCAAAGAAUCCUUAUCCCUGUGGACCUGUGACUCUCUCUGUUAGUCUAGAUGGCUGAUUCAUCGGAAUUCGACCCUGCACUCGCACUUUCUCACAAAUUCCCCGAUACCACCCACUCUUAUACUGAAAGAGAUGUGGCACUUUAUGCCUUAGGCAUAGGAGCAUGUGCAUCCGAUGCUGUCGAUGAAGAUGAACUUAAAUUUGUUUACCAUGAAAAUGGUCAGGAAUUUAUCAAGGUCUUGCCUACGUUUGCUGCUAUACUUUCACUCGGAUCCAUACCUAGUGGUAUUGAUCUCCCGGGCUUGCAAUAUGAUCCACGUCUUUUGCUUCAUGGACAACAAUACAUAGAGUUGUACAAACCAUUUCCUUCCAGCUGCCAUAUACAAAAUAAAGUCAGUCUCGCAGGAUUGCAUGACAAAGGCAAAGCAGCAAUUUUAGAGAUUGAAACAAAAAGUUAUGAGAAAGAGUCCGGCGAUUUGUUAUGCAUGAACCGGACAACAGUCUAUCUACGUGGUGCUGGUGGUUUCUCAAAGUCAUCUAGUCCAUUUUCUUACUCAAACUACCCUUUAAAUCAGACCUCAGCUGUAAAAAUUCCUGAAAGCAAACCAUUUUCAGUGUUUGAGGAUCGUACCCACCCAUCUCAGGCAUUGCUCUACAGACUAUCCGGUGAUUACAAUCCUCUGCAUUCAGAUCCUCUGAUUGCAAAGGUUGCCGGAUUCUCGCAGCCAAUAUUGCAUGGAUUGUGCACAUUAGGGUUUGCAGUUAGGGCAAUCGUCAAAAACAUAUGCAAAGGAGAUCCCGACAUGAUAAAAAGCAUAACUGGCCGAUUUCUUCUACACGUCUACCCUGGAGAAACUCUUGUUACCGAGAUGUGGCUUGAAGGCUCGAGGGUAAUUUAUAGGACUGUGGUGAAAGAAAGAAAACGGUCAGUCCUUUCUGGCUCUGUUGUUCUACGUGGUUUGAAUUCAUCACUCUGAAGAGGUUCAAAUGGAUGUAGCUCGAUAAUAAUGUCCAGUUAUUUAUGUUUGCAAUAAUGCCUAAAUGCACUGAAGACAAUUUUUAAAUGUAACAGUGAUAAAUGUUAAAAAAUGCAUAUUUGAAUAGAAUAUUAAGUUACUUACAGUACUAAAGUAAACGUAUGGCUUAACUUUGCCCUGAUUCAUAUUCCAUGCUUUCUGUCAUACAAUUACAUAUAAACUAACAUGAAUUUAUUAUUACAGUUCAAAUCA